AUGAAUCCUUUGAAAUGCGCAUUUGGAGUCACUUUUGGCAAGUUUCUCGAUUUCAUCGUUCAUCAGCGAGGAAUAGAGGUCGAUCGAUCUAAAAUUGAUGCCAUUGUGAACAUGCAUGAACCGCGAAAUAUUCAUGAAUUGAAGAGUUUUCAAGGGAAGUUGGCUUAUAUCCGCAGGUUUAUCUCUAAUUUGGCCGGACGAUGCCAACCCUUCAGUCGACUGAUGAAGAAAGGGGUGCCCUUCGAGUGGGAUGAAUCGUGUAGGAAUGCUUUUACAAGCAUAAAAAUGUAUCUCAUGAAUCCCCCAGUAUUGGCUGCACCCAUCCCAGGAAAACUAUUGAUUCUCUAUAUUUCCGCUCAAGAACGAUCGGUUGGGGCCUUACUUGCUCAAGAAAAUGAUGAAGGUAAGGAGAAUGCGCUGUAUUACUUGAGUCGGAUGAUGACACCUAAUGAGCUGAAUUACUCACCCAUCGAGAAGUUGUGCUUGGCACUUAUAUUUGUCAUUCAGAAGCUAAAACAUUAUUUCCAAGCACACACUAUUCGACUCAUAUCUAAGUCUAAUCCCAUUAAAUAUGUGAUGGCAAAACCUGUACUGUCUGAUCGGCUCGCGAGAUGGUACCUCCAGUUUCAACAAUUCGAAAUUAUUUAUGUACCUGCGAAGGCAGUCAAAGGACAAAUAUUGGCAGACUUUUUAGCUGAUCAUCUCAUACCUGCCGAAUGGGAGUUGACUGAUGAACUCCCCAAUGAAGAAGUGUUUAUGGUCGAAUUCCCGUGGUCAAUGUAUUUCGAUGGAGCUGCUCAUCGUGAUGGAGCUGGUGCGGGAGUUGUCUUUUAUACUCCUGAAGCAGAUGUAUUGCCGUACUCCUUCACUUUAACACGCCGAUGUUCAAACAAUGUGGCCGAAUAUCAGGCGUUGAUUCUUGGUCUUGAAACGGCUGUAGACAUGAAGCAGUUGCAUCUUAGAGUCUAUGGUGGUUCAAAAUUGGUGGUAAAUCAACUUCUUGGUAUUUAUGAUGACAAGAAACCUGAAUUGAUCCCAUAUUAUAAGUAUGCAAAACAACUCAUGGGAUAUUUGGAUAGUGUCACUAUAGAACAUAUCCCUAGAAAUUUCAACCAACAAGCUGACUCUUUGGCAAGAGUGGCGUCCAUGAUCACUUUACCUUCUCAUCGAAAUCAAAUUUCAAUAUGUCAAAAUUGGGUCAUACCUCCGAUGUUUGAUGAAGAAGAUGAUGGUGAGGGAGAAAAUAUUUAUCAUAUUUUUGUCCAUGAGAUCGAAAAGGAGGAUUGGCGUCACCUCAUCGUUGAUUACCUUAAUCAUGGAAAGUUACCAGAAGAUCCUAAGAAAAGGGUUGAUAUACGUCGUCGAGCGCCACGUUUCAUUUACUACAAAGGGACGCUUUACCGGAGAUCAUUCUAUGGGGUGUUUCUACGAUGUCUUGGAGAAGAUGAGGCCAUGCAAGCAAUGGAGGAGGCUCACUCUGGGAUAUGUGGUGCUCACCAAUCUGGCCCGAAAUUACACUUUCGCAUUAAAAGAAUGAGAUACUACUGGCCAACAAUGGUGAAGGACUGCAUUGACUUUGCUAGAAGAUGUCAAGCUUCUGUUUUUCCACUUGAGUGUCAAAUACCUUCGCUAAGAAUUGCGAUUCAAGAAGGGCUCAGUGAAGAAGAUAAUGUUCGUCUUCGCCUUGAAGAGUUAGAAGCACUCAACGAAAAGAGAUUGGAAACUCAGCAACGGAUUGAGUGCUAUCAGGCUCGCCUUUCAAAAGCAUUCAAUAAGCACGUCCGACCUCGCUCUUUUCAAAUUGGAGAUUUAGUACUCGCUGUUCGGAGACCGAUCAUUCUCACUCAUGGAGGACAAAGAAAGUUUACCGCUAAGUGGGAUGGUCCAUAUAUCGUUCGAGAAGUAUAUACAAAUGGCUCAUACAAUUUGGUUGCUGAAGAUGGAUUAAGGGUUGGCCCCAUCAAUGGCAAGUACCUAAAAAGGUACUAUGCGUAA